AUGGGCGACCACUCCGCCUUCUUCUACGGCACCCUCAUGGCCCCCGAAGUCCUCCACCGCGUCUGCCACGGCAGCCACCAACCCAACUCCUUCUACCGCUCCCUGCUCAAGAUCCGCCCGGCCAUCCUCCCCCACCACCGCCGCCACAAGGUCCUCCACGCCGACUACCCCGCCAUGAUCCCGUGCGCCUCUCCCACCGCCUCCGUGCGCGGCACCCUCGUCACGGGCCUCACGGACGGCGACAUGUGGCGGCUGGACAUCUUCGAGGGGGACGAGUACUCUCGGCGGACGGUUAAGGUGGAGGUGUUGGACGAGAAGGGGAAGGCGGCGGGGGAGGUGGAGGGUGUGGAGACGUAUGUCUGGAUUGCGGGGCGCCAGGAGCUGGAGGACGAGGAGUGGGAUUUUGAGGUGUUUGUGAGGGAGAAGAUGGGAAGGUGGAUUGGGGUUGAUGAGGGGUUUGCUGAUGUCGAUGAUGCCGUUAAGGCCCAGCAGGCGGAUCCGACGGGGGGAAGGGGUGUUAAUGGGAGUAUUGGGAAGACGCUGGAGCAGAGUCGGGAGGGGAAGAAGGAGGUGCUGGAGAGUGCGGUAUGA